AUGUCGACAACGACACCACCCGUCAAACAGCAUCGUCUUGCGUGCAACCGUUGCCACCAGCACAAGCUGCGAUGCAAUAAACGCCCCGACGCCCAAGUCUGCUCCCGCUGUCAAGCCGCAGGCGCAGAAUGCCUCUUUAGCGUUUCGAGGCGAGGCUGCCGCCCGCCAAAGCCAAAGCGACAGCAACUCCCUCCGCAGUCUCAAGAUGACGCUAUCCUCGACCCAACUCUCUUUUCCCUCUCUCCCACCACGCCUUGGGAUGCAUCGCUCCUAGCUCCUCCCUUCGAUCCGUCGUUCUUUGACACCGCUCUCGCUGCCAACCCGCAGCAGCUCUCGACAACGUCGCCCUCUGAAUCAUACUCGGCAUCUGACGAUUCUGUCACGGCGCCAUCCUUUACCACAGUCGACCUUGAUUGCCAACUUGCAAGGCUGUCGCAAAGCCUCAGCUGCCAUCUAGCAACCAUACCAUCGCUAUCCAUCUGGUCUUCGAUGCCCGAGAACCCACCGAAGGACCUGCACUUCUCUGUCGAUGAUACCUUCGCUCUCACCCAGUCUCUUGUUAACACUUACCGCGAUGUUGCGUCGAUACAGAAUCGUGGGACCCUUGACGAUUCGUCUACAUACUUGCUGAUCGCAUGCCAUCGUCGCCUGAUUGAUAUCUGGGAGCGCGUCUUUUGUCACAUGCGGAAGUGCAUCUCCCAAGGCCCCAACGACCUUUCGGUCAGCGUCCCUUCCGUGAAAAUGGGCUCCUUCACGGCUUCGUCAUCUGCCGCAAUCACUUUGCAUUUGACCUUGAUCACGCAGUUUGCUCAGCAGCUUCAGCACGGCAUACAGUCACUUCUCCGCGUUCUGACGGAAAACUCGAACACGUUCUCCGAGCUUCUUCCUGCUGAUGCUCCGGAUGCUCUAGCUACACUUCACCACGCACCGUGUGGGAUAGAUCCUGUAAGCUUGAGUUGCCAGGCUAUUUCGGAAAAGUCCAACAAACUUGUGAGCGACAUUGAAGACAUCAAGGCUUUGGCUCGGGAUCGCCACUUAUAA